AUGCCUUCCAGCAAUAUUGCUUCCAAAUCCAACCCACUUCCGCCGGGAGUCUACACGCCUGUCGUUACUAUCUACAAGGCAAACGAUCCAUCGCAACAAGUGGAUCAUGAUGCCAUGUAUGUGCAGUGCCAGGGCCUCAUCAGUGCUGGAAUGCACGGCCUAGUUUAUCUCGGCACCAACGGCGAGCUCGCCCUCUUGACACCUGAGGAACGCAAAGCCAUUAUUCAAACUGCAGCGCGAGCAAUUGCCGACCUCAAAAAGCCCAAUUACCCUCUUGUCGCAGGCAUCUCCGCCCAGUCAACCUUCGAAACGAUCCUCAAUGCAAAAGACGCAGCGGGUGCCGGCGCCAACUUCGCGCUGCUGUUACCUCCGAGCUACUGGGCCAAGGCCCUGUCAAGCAACGCGCUGCUUGCCUACUAUCGCGCCGUAGCGGACGCGUCGCCGAUUCCGAUCAUUGUCUACAAUUUCCCCGGUGUCACUGCUGGUAUUGAUCUCGAUUCGGACCAGAUCGCGGCCCUGGCGUCUCAUCCCAACAUUUCGGCAGUCAAGCUCACGUGCGGAAACGUUGGGAAGCUGACACGCCUCACGAGCAAGUUCAAACACGAUCAGUUUGGCGUCUUUGGCGGCAGCAGCGACUACCUACUGCCAACGCUGCAUGCGGGCGGCAGUGGAUGUGUCACGGGCAUGGGCAAUAUUUUUCCGGGCUGCACAUCAGCGGUAUAUGACUUGUUCCAGUCAGGCAGGGUGGAUGAGGCAAGAAAGCUCCAGGACGACGUGGCUAAUGCGGAAUGGGCAUGCAAGAAGGGCAUUGCUUGCACCAAGUAUGGAGCCUGGUACUACUUUGGCAGAGGCCAAGGUUUAGACAGCGAGGCCUCCUGGAACAUGAGAAAGCCAUAUGAGCCUCUGAGUGACGCCAUGAAAAAAUGGACUUUGGAGACUUUAGGGGUGCUAGAGAAGGCAGAGAAGGAGAGGCCUUGGGACAGGUAG